GCAAGACACAGCAGCAGCAGCAGUACAUACAUAGUGGGGAAACCAGACAUCCACCAACUCGGCAAGAUUGUACCACCGACUGCAAUACUCUCAAUGUCAAGCCCAUCCCCAAUAGUCGAGCUCAUCCCUCAGGUCCAAUCUUACGAUUGGGGCAAACUGGGGAAAGAUGGUAGCAAGGUGGCCGAGUACUCCAAGCACCUACCAAACUUCCAUUACGACCCAGAAAAACCGUAUGCCGAGCUUUGGAUGGGAACACAUUCCUCCCUACCCUCCAAAUUGAUCGAUGGCAAAUUGCUCUCUGAUCAUCUUGCCAGUGACCCGGCCCAAUUGCUCGGCAAACAAAUCUCGAACCAAUACGGAAGCCAUCUACCCUUCCUCUUCAAGGUCCUAGCGAUCGGCAAGGCCCUAUCCAUCCAGGCGCAUCCCGAUCGUCAAUUGGCUAUCAAGCUGCACAAGGAACGUCCCGAUGUCUAUAAGGAUGACAAUCACAAACCCGAAAUGGCCAUCGCAAUCACCCCGUUUUCUGGCUUUUGUGGCUUCAGGCCCCUCAACCAAAUAUCUCAAUACCUCGAGAAGGUGCCCGAGUUUGCCACCGUGAUCGGCCAGGAAACUAGCAGCCGGUUCUUAGAGGCCAUCCCAUCUGAUGCAUCCAUGCCUUCGAUCAUUAGUUCCACGUCUACCGAUCAAACCGACGUAAAAAACUAUCAAGCUGUACUGAAAGAGCUCUUUGGAAAGUUGAUGAACGCAUCAUCUGAGUUGGUAACCGAACAAGUUCGAAAAUUAAUCAAGAGGAUCGAGGCUGAAGGCGGUCGGGAUAAACCCUUUGGAACGGAUGAAGAAUUGCUCUUACGCUUGAACGACCAGUUUCCGGAUGAUGUCGGUAUCUUUUGCACCUUUGUCCUCAACGUCGUCCGGCUCGAACCCGGCCAAGCUGCCUUUCUUCAAGCCGACGAACCUCAUGCUUAUCUCACCGGAGAUAUCGUCGAGUGCAUGGCAUCCUCCGACAACGUUGUCAGAGCUGGUUUGACACCCAAAUUACGAGAUGUACCGACUUUGACUGAAAUGUUGACAUAUUCAUACGGACCCUCUGCGUCUCAAUUAAUGAAGCCAAACCUUUUCAAGUCUUGCAAACACUCUACAUUGUACGACCCACCGAUCGAGGAAUUUUCGGUCUUGUUGACCAAACUAUCGCCAGGCGAACAAGAUCAACAUCCGCCCAUCAAUGGCCCGAGUAUUUUGAUCGUCACUCAAGGAUCCGGCACUAUUGCAAUUGAAGGUCAAGAAAUCUCAUCCAAGCACGAAGGACAGGUUUAUUUUAUUGCUGCUGGAAUGCCGGUUCAGAUAUCUGCCCAACAGUCUAGCUUUGUCUGUUAUCGGGCAUUUGUAGAAAUUGCCGGUCAAGCCUAAACCAUCUACUUCUACUAAAACUAAUAUUGGACACUAUCUUGGCUUUAUUCCUGCUCUAAUUAUUGGACGUUACUAUAGAUACCCUCCUACAGGGUUUGCUCUGAUUAAAUUUUCCUACCUGAAUUAUCAGCGA